AUGGUACAAAAUGAAAAUAAAGAAUUUAUUAUACUUAUUUCAGUCAAAAUUAUUUCAAUAUUUUUGAUUUCUUUUCAUUUAAAAAUUGACAGUAUUGUGUCACCAAUAGUUACAAAGAUUUUAUCAAAUUUAAUUAUAUUUUUUUUAGGAAAAUUUCCAUUCUUUAAAGAAGAAAAUUGUAUUAAACAUAAAAAUCAUAUUUUUUAUGAUUUAUUAUUAACACUUUUCCAUGUAAUUUUGGAUAUAUUUUCUUUGGAGGUAAAAAAUUUUCUAAACAUAUUAACUAUUGGCUCACAACAUAUAUAUGCAAUUUUCGUUGAUUUUAAGAACCUUUAUAAUUACAAAAAAGAAAAAGAGUUUGACCUUUGUGAUUAUGAGAAUUUACAAAUAGAAAACCAAAAAUUAAGUAAAGAGAAUAUAAAAAAAGACAAAGAGAUUGAAGAAUUAAAUUUAUUUUUGAAAAGCUUAGUUCCUAAAGGAAUUUUAUAUGUUCCUUUAAAAAAGAAAAAAAUUAAAAAUGAAAUCUUUUUCGAAUAUUAA